AUGUUCGGCUUCUUCGGCGGCGGCGGCUGGCGGAACGCUUCUGUAUGCAAGAGGGCAGUAACGCUGCUGCAGAAGCACCUGAGAGACUUGAGAGACUCGAGUGUUGCGUUGGUCGAAGACUGUACUCGCAGUCGCAGAGUAGCGCGAUUCGUAAGUGACGGAGACUUGGGUUCCGCCUUCACCGCCGCGGAGCGGAUAUUGAGGGAGGAGAACGCGAUUCGUCUCUAA